CGUGUUCGGAGGAAGCCGGCGCCGGACCCGGCUGGGCCGGCGACAUGGAGCCCCUGUACCAGCAGACGCACAAGUCCACCAGAUCCAGUCUCACAUGGGACGCCUGGAGACGGCAGACAAGCAGUCUGUGCACUCAAUUAUUCUUUUUUCUCUUUUGUGCAGUAGUAGAAAACGAAAUCCAAGCAAGCAUAGACCAGAUAUUCAGCCACCUAGAACGUCUUGAAAUUUUGUCCAGCAAGGAGCCCCCUAACAAACGACAGAAUGCCAAACUCCGUGUUGACCAGUUAAAGUAUGAUGUCCAGCACCUACAGACUGCUCUCAGAAACUUCCAGCAUCGGCGAUACGCAAGGGAGCAGCAGGAAAGACAGCGAGAGGAGCUUCUGUCUCGCACCUUCACCCCCAACGACUCUGACACCACCAUACCAAUGGAUGAAUCACUGCAGUUUAACUCCUCCCUCCAGAAAAUCCACCACGGCAUGGAUGACCUCAUUGGAGGCGGGCACAGUAUUCUGGAGGGACUGAGGGCCCAGAGACUGACCUUGAAGGGGACUCAAAAGAGGAUCCUUGACAUUGCCAACAUGCUGGGCUUGUCCAACACAGUGAUGCGGCUCAUCGAGAAGCGGGCUUUCCAGGACAAGUACUUUAUGAUCGGUGGGAUGCUGCUCACCUGUGUGGUCAUGUUCCUCGUGGUGCAGUACAUGACAUGAGCCAGCUAAGCCCAGCAGCUGGACAACGUUCCCACAGCAUGAGCGUGUGUGAGUGUGUGCGUGAAAGGGGAGCCCAGAGGCCAUGUUUUGAAAUGUAUGUCUGUCUGAACUGUGAAAACCACUCAGAAGUAAUUGUGAUCUGUAACCUAGUGAGAGUUUCAAACGUGCUCUGUUUUUCAUGGCAUCUUGGAGGGGAAUCUAGUUCUACCAAGAUUCACGGUGUGUAGGAAAUGAAAGAAGUACCUGUUCUCUCUCUCUCUCUCACUCUCACUGGGGGAGGAAGGGAUGAAGAAGGAAGGGAAAGGAAAGCAAUGGCUUUGGUGGUUUUGUCCACGUACAUAACGCGCGCCCCAGGAAGGCUUUCACGGUGCCGCUUAGUGUAGACAGGACUGUCUACACUUUGUCAUCAUCCAGCCUGUCUGGCUCUCAGUGGAUAGGCUGGAGCAGAAGCAAAGAGAAGGAGGUGAAAGAGGUGUUGUUUUCCUGCGCACAUCAUAGUAAAUGGGUUCACAUGCUCUUGCUGCCAGCCGCCUUCCCCACCCCCAAAGUGACAUGCAGAUGACUGACUGCCCAUACUUGCCACCCUUCCCUGGAAGCAGCUACCUAGAGGAAAUAGGCAUUGGUGCUGUUGCUAACAAGUAAGAUUUUCCACAUUACAGCUGUUGGGUGUUUCUCCUUCCUAAACUGAGGCCACUAUUAUUCUCUGGGCAUGUUCAGUCUUGAGACUAAAGACCGUACUUAUUUUGGGGGGAUAGUUAAUAGAAUAGUUGGCUUUUAAGGUUCUAAGACUGCAGCCUGGCACCCAUGCCCAGGCUUUGUUGGGCCUUUACCCCUUAGGCAGUAGCUGUGAGCAAAGGUUAGUGAUUUGUCAAUUAUAGUCUCAUCUCUAGUUUUAGCAUCUCUAAUUCUUUGGCUCUCUUCCCUUCCCUUGAAUUAUAUUAGCAACUGCCAGCCAAGCCCCCAUUCUACCCAGCCAGCAUGGGCAGAUGCCACUUUAAAACUGUCUCUGGUGUCCUUGUGAGACUCUCUUUUCAGGGACCAGGACCUUCUUCCUCCUCUGACCAGCCCUGGAUUAAGACUGUACACUACCUGGUGUAUUGUGGAAUUUACUGUAAAGCCAGUCUGUCUUAUGAUUAAUUGCUGAAAGUGCCAGAAGGACCUGGUUAGCAUAUUUUUUCAUCAGUCACAGGCCCUUUCAGCCCUAUGCUUAGUAGCCUUAUGGCAAGACACAAAAUAGCACUCAAAAUUUCCCAGAAAUUUCAAAAUUUCCUGGUCAGUAUUACCCCCACCUUUGAUUGUCUUGCCCCACCAUCUGUCUUUAUUUCUUGUUACUUGGACUGUCUUCUUUCCGUUAUCUGUGUGUGUUCUACCUCCCUUAUUCACCUACCACCUGUUUCUGUAGCAGUAUUGGUCUUUUAAGCAACAUCUGUGACAUAGAUCCUCUUUUGGUAAGUGUUUUUUAAUAGUCUUGGAUUUUUAAAGUGAGUUUCCUGGGUACUAAUUUCACACUUUUGGUGGGAUCUCUAUUGCUCUGGGCCCUGGGUUUCCAAAGAAGGGGGAAUCCAUGACCUCUUCAUAAAAGGAUUGAGGGUCCUGACAGAAUGAAAACGGUAGCCUGGAGGGUAGAGAGGGGGGUUGAGAUGUCUUCGGACCUAGAUCUAACUUUGGGGAGGUACAGUUUGAAAUUUCCCUCACACCCAGCACUGUUGGCAUCCGUGGGACCCAGCACAGAGCUCUUAGCAGUCCAUAAAAGGGCUUUUUGAAUUGCAAAGACCUACCUGUCCUAUCCGCUGGGCAUUCAGAGUUAUCUUGCCAGGCAGUGCACUUUGGAGGAGGGUGCACAAGGAGGAGCUCAGCCAUUUGGACUUGAACUCUGGGAAACCAAAAGUUCCUCACCCCAUCCUCCAUUGGCUGAUGUGACAUCUAUUUGUAGUGUACAUCACUAUAUUUCCACACUUGCCUUUAUAGUGAUUGCUGGCCUUGAUGAACCAGGAAUAAGGCCUUCCCCCACCUCCAGAGCCAUUCUCUGUACUUUGUAAUAAAAAUUGUGGAGGCAUUUUGUGGGUCUUUACCAUCUUGGACUAUGGAACAGCAGCCACAGUGUGUGUGUGAGAAACACCUUGGCUUCUGUUUGAACAGUGUAAGGAAGGGUCCUAGGCCAGGGAAGGAGCACCACCUAGUGGAGUCGGGGUGAAUGAAUUAUCAGGUUGAGCUGGUACAAGAAUCUCCAGUUGACAGCCUCUGUGACCUUGUACAAGAUUUUGGUACAAGGUUUGCCCAUUGUGAUUUAAGAUGGGUGGGUUGUCACGGAACUUGGGAAUAUCUUCUUCCCAUGGAAUUUACUUGUGACCACCUUAAGAAAAGCCAAACUCAAAGACCAAGUAAGUAGGAGAGUUUUGAUUUUUUAUAGGCUUCAUUGCUGGGGUUUUUUCCUAAGUCCUCUGCCCUAAUGAAUUUAAAUGGGUUUGAUUUGAAAAUUUGGACUUAAACCCAUUGUUUUUGAAACACAUCAGUUGAAUAAAGUUGAGAUUUAUUUUAUUUAGAA